AAAAGACCAGAACAAUACAGCUACAUCAAUUGAUAAUCUAUUCAAGAAAAACAGAAAACAAACAGCAACAUGGCACCAGUCACUCUCCCAGAACCAUUCGCCAGCAUCCCGAAAUCCGACUUCCUGUUCGGUCCUUCGCCAGUCCAUCACUUGCCUAGAAUAUCAGAGGCUCUAGGUGGAAAAGUAGCUAUUUGGGCCAAGAGAGAAGAUUGCAACUCUGGAAUUGCAUUUGGUGGGAAUAAGACCCGGAAAUUGGAAUACCUCGUACCAGAAGCACUGGAGCAAGGAUGCGAUACUCUGAUCAGUAUCGGAGGCGUGCAAAGUAACCACACCAGACAAGUCGCCGGCGUAGCUGCAAAGUUGGGUCUCAAGGCCAAACUCGUUCAAGAGCACUGGGUCGACUGGACAGACCCGGGCUACGAGAAAGUCGGCAACAUCCAGCUCUCCCGGCUCAUGGGCGCCGCACCGCGGCUCGACCCCUCAGAAUUCGGCAUCGGCCACAAACAGACCCUCGCAAACCUCACCAAGGAAGUCAUCGAGUCCGGCGGAAAGCCGUACUACAUCCCUGCCGGAGCAUCGGACCAUCCACUCGGCGGCCUGGGCUUCGCGAGAUGGGCCUUCGAGGUUGCGGAGCAGGAGAAGGAGUUGGGUGUUUUCUUCGAUACGGUUAUUGUUUGUGCUGUUACGGGGAGUACGUUUGCGGGGAUGAUUGCGGGGUUUAAACUUCUGGAGAAGAAUGGGGGGAGGAAGAGGAGGGUGGUUGGGAUUGAUGCUUCUGCUAAGCCGAAGGAGACGCGGGAUCAGGUGUUGAGGAUUGCGAAGUUUACGGGUGUGAAGAUUGGGUUGGCGGAGGGAGAUAUUACGGAGGGGGAUGUGGAGUUGGAUGAGAGGUAUCAUGAUGGGUGUUAUGGGAUUCCGGGGGAGAUGACGAAGAGUGCGAUGAGGUUUGGGGCGGAGACGGAGGGGUUUAUUACGGAUCCUGUGUAUGAGGGGAAGAGCUUGGCAGGGAUGAUGGAUUUGGUGAAGAAGGGGGAGAUUAAGGAUGGGAGUACUGUGUUGUAUGCUCAUCUUGGUGGGCAGUUGGCGCUGAAUGCUUACUCUGGCUUGUUUGAAUAGUGGUAUCAAAGUGCUUCUGCUGUUCCACAAGGCGAAAGGUAAAUGCCCAUGUAUUUAUAUCGAUAGG